UCUGACCUCAUAUACAUUUGUACGUUUCUUUGUUUACAUAACUGCAUUUAUUCGACUGUGUAACUAUUGUGAUUGCUAAAUUACAUUUUAUUUACAUUAGUUAGAUCGUAAAUAUGCCACGAAACUGUUUGAACAACCCGGAAAAUUUUUGUUAUGUGUGUGGAGAAUUAACUUUUACAUCUCAGCGUCGAAAUUUCACAUCACUAAUUGAACAGUACUAUUUAGACUAUUUUGGUUUUUCUGUGAGGAAUCAAGACAAAUCCUGGGUUCCACAUAAAUGUUGUGUAACGUGUGAGAGGCUCCUUUUAGGUUGGGCUAAACAAGAAUCUAGACAUUUGUCAUUUGCUAUACCAAUGAUUUGGACGGAACCAAAGGAUCAUGUAAGUGAUUGUUAUUUUUGUUUGGCUCAAACAAAAGGUAUUACUACCAAAUCCAAACACACCAUCCAGUAUCCAAACUUGUCUUCGGCCAAGAGACCCAUCCUACAUAGUGUCGAACUGCCUGUGCCGAUGCCUCCAAAUCGAUCAAAAAGUGAGAAUUCUAGUCCGAAAGAUGGAGAUGAAUUUUUAUGUCUAAAAGAGAAUUUCCCUAAACUCAGCGAGGCGAAAAUCAAAGAGGGAAUAUUUGUAGGCCCACAAAUACGGCAAUUGAUGAAGGAUAAGAGCUUUGAAAAAAAACUGAAUGAUCAGGAAAAACUCGCCUGGAAAUGUUUUGUGAAUGUUGUUCAAAAUAUUCUAGCUUUGGGGUGUAAUAUGUCCUUGAAAAGACAUAUGCUGGACUCUCAUCUGGAUUUCUUUCCGGCAAAUUUGGGUGCUGUGAGUGACGAACAAGGUGAAAGGUUCCAUCAAGACAUUUCCUUAGUGGAGAAGUGUUAUCAAGGAAAAUGGAGUCCAGGAAUGCUAGCAGACUAUUGUCGGAGACUUAAAAGGGACCUACCGGAAGCCAAAUAUUCAAGAAAAUCAUAAGUAUCUGUUAGAUAUUAGGAAAUAAUUCUGUGAGUGUGGCUGAAUUUUGUACU